AUGAUACUUCGUAUUCCAUUUAGAAUAUUUUCGAAGACAUCACCAUAUGAAAAUCCACCUCGUGCUACACAAUAUGAAACACCAAAACGCAUGGAUAAUCUUCAAGCUGAUGUUAAUCAAGUUGUUGGUAUUAUGAAAGAUAAUCUUGAAAAAGUACUUGAACGUGAUGCUAAUUUAGCUGUAGUUGAAAGUCGAACUAAACGUGGGGCAUCACAAUUUACAAUAAACGCAAGAAAUUUAAAAAAAAAAUAUUGGUGGAAAAAUAUUAAAAUGUGGACUAUUUUAAUCAUUAUUAUUAUCGUUUUGAUUAUUGUCAUUGUCGUUGCUGUUACACAAUCAGUAAAAGGCAACAACAACAAUAAUAAUAAUAACAGUAAUCAAAAUACUACCAGUGGAAAAUAA